AUGACGCUAGUUCCUGUGUCGCCUCUUUCACAUGCCUCCCUCCCUCGCACGUCUUGCAGCAACGGCGGGUGGUGCAUGCACGAUGAGGCGGCGACGCACUACACGGACAUGGUGCACCAGAUCAACGGCGGGUGGUGCAUGCACGACGAGGCGGCGACGCAUUACACGGACAUGGUGCAUCAGAUGUCGCUGGGGCUGCGCCUCAUCCGCCGCCAGUUCGGCCAGGUGCCGCGCAUCGCCUGGCAGAUCGACCCCUUCGGCCACUCCGCCGUGCAGGGCUACCUCAUCUCCGCCAUGGGCGGGUUCGACGCGGUGUUCUUCGCGCGCGCGGACUACGAGGACAGCGAGGCGCGGUACGGCGCGCGCACGGCGGAGUUCGUGUGGCGCGCGUCCGACACGCUGCAGCAGCGCGCGGAGGUGUUCGGCGGGCGGCUGUACGUGCACUACCUGCCGCCCGACUCGUUCCGCUACGACACCAACAACUGGGACCCGCCCGUGCAGGACGACCCGGAGCUAUAUGACUACAACGUGCAGGAGAGGGUAGACAAGUUCGUGGAAACUGCACUCAAACAGGCAGAGAGCUACCGUACAAACCACAUCAUGUGGACGAUGGGCGACGACUUUGCGUACAGCAACGCGGUGACGUGGUUCCGCAACAUGGACAAGCUCAUUCACUACGUCAACCGUGAUGGGCGUGUGAAUGCAUUCUACUCCACGCCCUCCAUCUACGUGGACUCCAAGCACCGCGCCAACGAGUCCUGGCCCGUCAAAACGGGUGACUUCUUCCCCUAUGCGGACUGUCCGCACUGCUACUGGACGGGGUACUUCUCCAGCCGCCCCCCCUUCAAAUGUUUCUCUCCCCUCGUCCCCUCCAUUCCUCCCACCCUGCACUUUCUCUCCACCAUCCCCGCCCUUGGUCCCCCCUACCCUGUCUGCAGCUAUGCGGACUGUCCGCACUGCUACUGGACGGGGUACUUCUCCUCCCGCCCCGCCUUCAAGCGCUACGUGCGACAGUGCAGCGCUCUGCUCCUCGUACGCCCCGCCCCUGGCCCCCCUUGCCCGCCUCUGCCCGCCCCUACCCGCCCUUGUCCCCUCCCACUCAUUCGUGCUCCCCCCCCCUGCCCCCUCCCACUCACUCGUGCAUGCGCGUGCCCCCUGUCGACCAUCCCUGGCAUGUUCUCUCCUUUCCUUGGACUGGCUCGUUUGUUCUUGCACUUGAUAAGACAUGCCGUUGCUGCGAGGUCGAGGCUUGCAUCUCAAACGCUCACUCGACUUGUCCUGCGCAUCUCCCUUUCGUUCCCAAUCGUUCUCUCCUUCCCUGGCCCUCGUCCACCUCCUCCCCCGCCCAACCUUCCUGCGUGGCAGGCUGCCAGGCAAGUGGAGGCCCUGGUGGGGGGCAGCAGGCUGGGGAGAGGAGUGGAGGAGGCGGGUGUGGGAGGGGAGGGGCGGGAGUGGGGGGUGGAGGAGUUGGAGGAGGCGAUGGCGGUGGCACAGCACCACGACUCGGUGAGCGGCACAGCCAAGCAGCACGUCAAUGACGACUACACCAUCAGGCUCUACCGCGGGGCUGUCAAGGCCUCCUCUCUGCUCACACGGGCGAUUCGUUACAUGAUCUCUCGCCAGUCAGAUGCUGACACGUGGCAGGCCCAGUCUCACCUGCAGCAGAUGCCACGCUCCCAGCCCAUCCCGACCCCCACCUCGCCACUCAUGCGGGCUCUUACGAAACGGGGUGCAACAGCAGCAACAGCAGCAACAGCAGCAACAGCAGCAGCAGCAGCAGCAGCAGCAUCAUCAGGGGGGCAAACGGGCAGGAGCAGUCCCAAUCUGAGGCUCAGCUUUGAGCUGUGCCCACUGGCCAACAUCUCAUUCUGCCCACCUUCACAAACGGAUCUUCAGGACGGGAAAGUCCUGGUGGUAGCGGUGUACAACCCACUGGCAUGGGCUCGCAAGGAGAUCGUCCGAUUCCCUGUGUCAACUGCUGACGUGGAAGUAAUGAAUGCCAGCGGGGCCAUUAUUUCCUCCCAAGUCCUGCCAGACACCCUCCUCCUCCCCUCCACCCGUUCCUUCCUCAUCCAAGCCUACGCCGGACCUGAUGCCGAACCAAAUUCUGGGCCGGCCACCGGAGCUAAUGCCGAACCUAAUGCUGCAGCUGGUGCCGAGCCUGGUGUUGCAGGCUCGGAAGCACUGUCGCUGGUGUUCUGGGCAGAUGCGCCUCCCCUAGGUGUUGCCUCGUACUUCGUGCUGUAUAAAUAUCCUGAGGUCAAGGGGCAGGGUGGAGUUGAGGAAAGGGUGGGGCAGGAGACAGCAGGAGAUGAGGGUGUGGAGCAGGAGGGUAGCAUGGAAGGGAGAGUGGUGGAGGGGCGGAAGGAAGAGGGGAAGGUGAUGCAGGAGGUUGGAGAAGAGGAGGAGGAUGAGAUAGUGAUUGGCGGGUGGGCGGAAGGAGAGCGGGAUGAGGGCAGCAGCAGUGGCAGCGGUGCGCUGACUCUCUCUUUCUCCAGGGCUCAGGGGGGCAGGAUGACUCGUGCUGUGCUGCUGACGAGGGGCGAGGGGCAAGCGGCAGGAGCAUCAGUGGCAGCAGCAGCAGCGGAUGUGGGGGUGGAGUGGGCGUGGUACAAUGCGAGUGACGGCAAGGCGAGCAGGGAGGCAUCAGGGGCGUACAUCUUCCGCCCCGUCUCCUCUGACCCUGUGCCCAUCACCCCGCCCAACGCCACUGCGGCAUCAGUGCGGGUGGUGCGAGGGGCACUGGUGGACGAGGUGCAUCGCCAGGUGGCGCCCUGGAUCCACGAGAUCGUGAGAGUGUACAAGGGCACCAACUAUGCAGAGCUGGAGUAUGCGGUGGGUCCGGUGCCCGUAGAGGAUGGGUUCGGCAAGGAGGUGGUGCUGCGCCUCUCCUCCUCCAUCGCCAGCGCCGCCACCUUUUUCACCGACUCCAACGGCCGAGAUUUCAUCCAGAGGAUGCGCAACUUCCGCCCUGACUGGAACCUCACUGUCACCGAGCCGGCUGCUGGGAACUACUACCCGGCUACCGACCUGCCACACCAUUCAAGACCCCGGUUCAAUGGAAGUUGCAGCAGUAAUUUAACACCUCAUCCCUCCCUCCCCUCCUUCCCUUUCUCCUCCCCCCUCCUCCUCCCCUUCCCACCCUCUCCAACCGCCUCCAACCCCUCCCACAACCACUCACUACGCCACCAGCUGAACGCGGGCAUCUAUCUGCACGACAACGCCACGGACUUCUCAGUGCUCGUGGACCGACCCAGCGGUGCCUCCAGCCUCACAGACGGGCAGGUGGAGGUGAUGCUGCACCGCCGCCUGCUGCACGACGACCACCGCGGCCCUCUCAGUGCCCAUGGAGUCUGUGGACCCACCGACCGUACCACAGUGCUUCAACAACCUGACCCCUCCCACACCUCGUUCUGUCCCUCCCUCUCCCCGUUCCCACCCCCUCUCCCCAACACCCUACGUCACCAGCUGAACGCGGGCAUCUAUCUGCAUGACAAUACCACGGACUUCUCUGUGCUUGUCGACAGACCCAGCGGCGCGUCCAGCCUCACAGACGGGCAGGUGGAGGUGAUGCUGCACCGCCGCCUGCUCCAUGAUGACCACCGGGGGGUGGCAGAGGCCCUCAACGAGCGCGUGUGCGUGGGGGGACAGGAGGGGCAGGAGGGAGCGCAACCGCAACCCCCCGCAUGCAUGGGCCUGGUGGUCUCUGGGACUCUGCGCUUUGGGCUGCACCCGCAUGGGCGGGGUGAUGGGGGUGUGGCGGGAGUGGGAGGGGUGGAAGGGAGCGGGGAGGGGUUGGCGGCGGGGAAUGGGGUGGAGGAGGGGGUUGAGGUGGCUGCGGAGUGGCGGCGCGGGAAUAUUCAGCGGAUAUUUUCUCCGCUGCAAGUGGCGUUUGCUGUUGAGAAUGAGGAUGACCUGGCAGCGGAGGGUGGACUGUACACCUGGCGGUUCUCUGGCACCCAGAAGAGCAAGCCUGAGGAGUCAACAGAGUCAAUUCUGUCAAUGCCACUUGGAAGAGAAGGGAGACGGGCAAUGAAGGAGGCUAGCAGCAUUGGGGAGGGUAGGAGAGGGGAAGAGGAGGUGGAGGUGGAGGAAGGUUAUGAGGAUGAAGAAGACAAGAAAGAGGAAGAGGAGGAUGAUGAUGACGAUGAGGAUGAUGUAGAGGAAGUGGAACAGGGUCAGGAGGGUGAGGAAAGGGGAAGCAAGGGGUGUGCGUAUGAGCUUCCGAAGAACAUAGCCAUAAUUACACUCGAGGAGGUGCAUGAGUACAAGGUGCUGCUGCGACUCGCCCAUCUCUAUCAAGCUGAGGAGGAUCCUAUUCUCUCGCGGCCUGCUCGUGUGGACCUUGACAGGCUCUUUGCGCACCAAGAGGGUCAUGAGAGAGCUUUCUUUGACUCAGCCGAGUGGGCAAUUCAAAAGCAAAAGGGUGGCGAAGUUAAGCCUCCAGCAGCCAAUGAGGGCGGUCUACAGCCAAAGCUAGAGCCCACCCCGCAUCAACCAUUCCCAGCGCGGAGGUCGUCGCUAUCAGAGCCUGAUCAAUGA